AUGAAAAAUAUUCAUAAUUUAUUGGAAAGGGCGCGUAUAACUCUUCUUUGCAAGGUAUUCAUCCUAGCACUUAUGCUUAUACCAUACAGUGUGCACAAACAUGUGGAUGUAGUUGACAUGCUAAUUAUAGAAACAACAGAGAACAACCAUACAGUAAGACUAAAAAUAAACCCAGAGGGGGCGCUUUCUCCUUCCCGUGGGUAUGUAAUGCACAAGAGCAGAUACAUGCACAACAUGAGGCAGUAUUUCUCAGAAAUAAACAUAGAGUAUUUUUUAGUAAAAUUGAAUUCACCAAUGCACACCAAUAACCAGAAGCUGAGCAUAGGUGAGGAUUUAUCUGAGAAAUGUGCUAUACACAGCAGGGCACAGGAGGAGGCAGAACAGUCAGACGUUAAAUUCUUCUUUAAAUACUAUAAAGCGCCUAAACGGGAUGCAGCCCAUUUAAUUGCGUAUAAAAAAGACAUUCUAGCGAGUGCAACUCUCCAAGCGUUUGCACAGCAGGUUAUUCACAUGUUUCCAUCAGAAAAUGGAUAUCUGUCAAUUGACUCGCAGCAAAAAGACUCGUUUACUCGGCUAUUAAGAAACCAAAAAUCUGACACCGACUCUAUAUAUCUUCUUGCUGCUCUUCUUUUGCUUUCAGAAGGGGUGUGUGUUCCGCUUAAUGUGGUAGAGGAUGAAGAAAAAGACACUAGGCUUAUUCUACCAAAAUUAAUUGGCAAUGGGUAUUACAUCGAUCUAGACAUGUUUUUAGCAGAUGGCAUAGAUGGAAGGGAGAAAGAAGCAGUGUAUCAGAAGAAAACAGAAGACAUAGUGUGCUUCUUUAAAGAUGCGGGAGAAAAGGCGGCUGCAAGUGAAACAUUAUAUACUGCAGAGCCAGCCAAAUAUAAACAGUUCAUGUCAGGCGAGUUCAUGAAUACUCCGCAGUUUCUGAUUCAGUCGUACAUAUACGAGUUUAUUGACUCAGCAGACAUGUACAUUAAAUUCGUAGGGGCAGUAUACACCCUUCUUACUGAUUAUAUAAAUAAUAUUGAUGGGCAUGCGUGUAAUAAGAAGGAGCAUGCGCAAAAAGUAUUGAAUGGCCUGUUUAUGCAACGAGGUGGUGAUCUGGCUCCUUCUGAGUAUACUGCGUAUUUAUGUAAGCUGGCAGAAGCAAGAGAAUAUUACACAGCAACCCCAUUUAUAAGUGAUUUACAGGCGCCCAAGCCUAUAUCAGUGCAUACCUACAGGAAAAACCCCCGUAUGUACUCUGCUGGCAUUGACAGUGAGUAUUGCAACUAUGUUGAGGCCACUCUUCUAGGCCUGUUCUGCUGCUUUGCCUUUGACCCAGAAACAAGAAAGUACACCACUGAGCACAUGCCUUCUCCGUCAAAAGAGCUACAGGAGUUUUUCAAUAAGUACAGCGAGCCAGAAGUGUCUGUAGACUAUGCCAUGCACAAGGAGUGGUGCGGGGUUGUGUCAAGUUUGGACUGUGGGAAGGUCAUUUAUCUAAGAAGAGACAGAAACCAAAUAGGCUCGGGUAUACUUAAUAUACUGCGCGCGAUACAAGCAGUGGCCGGGAGCACCAAGAACAUAGAUGAUGCUAUUUCUGAAUUAAAUAAUAUACGUGUCAAGGAAACUCUGGACAAAGAAGACCGGGAAAUGGUAGAGAGCGCGCUGCAGGCGGUCUUCAAAUCGCUCUCUAAGAACAAGCGUGUAACCGUGCAGUGUGGAAAGAUAAAGAUCUCCAAGCUAGUGGGCAUGGAUAGAGAUCUGUACUUGGCAGCUUCAAAUCAAAUUCGGAUUUCAUACGUGCGCAACAAUGCGUAUGGCGAAGUGCAUUUAAAGAUUAGCUGUGACUGUCCAGAGAUUUCUAUUCCUGCGAGUAUGGUCUUAAUCGGUGCAGAGGAAAAGAAAAAACUUGUGAAAAUACAAAAAGAAAGUCUAUACCCGAGCACCUAUAUGCAGUGUCUGAUGCACCAGUACUUAAACAUUCUUCUGAAGCAAAUAACCCAGAAUGAGCAAGGCAAAUACGUUAUAAACAAAAAGACUAAGCAUAUGAUCCGCAAUAUACACGACUCUCCAAACGCUCUGUUGUUGUGGGGAAGUCUGGAGAAUUUGGAAUACAAGGCGUGCAUUGUUAAACAAGUGCUGCUCCAAACAAGCAGUACGCCUCUAGACACAGACAAUCGGGUAGUACGAUUCACUGCAAACCUCAUAGGCAGUGUGCCGUUGGAUGACCUGUAUAUAAGGCGGCGAAUUCUAAUGGGGUGUCUUUAUAACAGAAACUACCGGCAGUACUAUCCUCGCAUUGAGUAUGAUGAUCUGCAGGCGCUCUCUUCUGAUGAGGCUGGAUCUGCUGUGUCCUGUCUAGUAGCCGAUGCACUGUCUAUAGAUAUAUCUUCUGCCGCAUUCAUUAGUGCAUUUGAGUCUGUGCUACAUGCUUACAGAAACGCGCACUGCAUGUUUUGGUGGAUUGCCAGCGAGUAUGCCUGCAUUGGAGUACUUGAGAAUCUCUGCAAAGAAAACAACCCUCAGACAGCAUAUAGAGAUAUUGUAGUCCUAAGAGGCCUUUCUUCUGAUUCUGUAGGCGGCAGUGGUAAGGAGCCGCCGUGCACAAACAAAAAGCCAGCAAACGCAUUAUCUAGACAUAGUGAGUCUAAUAGCACGCAGUUUGAUCACAGCAGUAUGCAGUUGAAAUCUAGCAAAGCCACUAUGCCAGUAUGCGAGGAGGUGAUAUUGCACAUAGAGUGCAUUUUAAGAUUAAUAGCCCGAAAUAUGCACAUACCAGAUGGGUACUGCAUAAAUGACAUUUAUAUGUGUUGGCUUGUCCACAUCAGCAGCUGGUCCAAAAAGCCUGCGCCUUCUCUCAUUAAACUUAUUGUAUGUGAGCUUAUAGACCCUUCUAUGCUGUCAGGCGGCUUUAUGCGAAUUAUACCGGCAGGCGCCUGGCAUGGUGUUUUGCGAGGUGUCUGCACUAUGCUUCUGAGCUGUCUAGAUGUAUUAUUUACUUCUCAUAACAGCCGGGGGAGAAAGAAGUACAUGGAAAUUCUGGAUUUCUUUACACAAAGGAAGAAAACUGCACUGAAAGACCCUGCGGCGCCAAUGCAUGGGUUGUACACAUUAAAAAGUAGCUUGCUUGUAUUUGAUAUGCAGUUAUAA